UUUAUUUCAAAAUGAAUUUAAAUAAAAUAGUUCGAUAGCUAAGAUGACAACAAAAUUUAACUUAUGGACUCCUCAAAUACUCUUAGACACUGAUGCUAGGCAGUCCAACCUCUAUUCAAAAGCCAAAAGAUUAAGUCCGAAGAGAGACCAGUUUGAGAUGAAUAAAGAUACGAGCAAGGACGAAACAAGAAAUAAUCAGAUGAAAAUACAGUCUUCUCAAGACACAAUCAAUGAUUCUGAGUUUGAAGCCUUCAAAGCUAAGAAGGCCAGCUCUAGAGCUAUUAGUGUCAAGAACUCUCGUCGUUGUGGUAAGAAGUCAAUGAAAGCUGAGAGGGAACAGAACAGACCGUUGCCUUCUUACUUGCCCAUUAAGAGCUACACUUCCAGCCAUGCUGCUAAUAUCAAGCCUAUAAGGCAAAUUCAGAGAGAAAGAGAGAGAAAGGCUCAAAAAUCAGCUAUCUCUGAACGUAAAGGAGCCAAUACGUCCAAGAGGAUUGCUCGACUUGGCUCUAAAGAAACCUUUGAUGACUUUGUAGAGAGAAUGAAGUUGGAGACCAAGUAUAUCGAGCCCAGAGCAAAGCAGAGGCCUUACACAAGCAGUGGUGACAACCAGUUUCGCAUAAAGCACCAGAAAAGGAAUGCAACUAAGCCUAAAGCGCUUGGGAAGCGUUAUGAUGCAUUGCAAAAAGCCCCAUUCUUUCAUAAUAGAGUCUAUAUCCCUCAUAAGAUGAAGAAGACGAAUACAAGGCAGAUUGGGUAUAGGCAUAACUUGCUUAACAACUCCGAAUCAGAAGGGGUGAACUAUCAUCAUACCUUUUAUCCGACCAUCACUACUGCAGUGAACAAGACAGUUUCCUCGAAUGAAACAUUUAUCAAGAAUAUAGAUUAUAACUCCAAGACUGCAGAGGGUACUUUCACCAAAAACACUUCAUGCAAUCAGACGACCGCAGAAGUCUCUCUAGAAACAAAGCCAGUAUCACAUCGUAAGAGUUACGCCAAUGAGAAGGGUAAAGAGAAAAACAAAGCACUUGAGAUUAUCCAUCGAGAAUUCAACUGCUCUACAACAACAAAAUGUAUGUCAGAUUUAGCCAUAAAGGCUAACUCUUCAGACAAGUACAAGAAGGUCAGCAAGCAUAAGCCAAAGAUAUCAGACUUGUUUAGCUACAAAGAUGGUGAGAAUCUCGAUGGGACUCUAACCAAAGUAAUUGGACCUAACUUUGCCUUGGAAAAACAGCCUAGCGCUCCUAACCCAGCUCCAGUACAGAUUCCGAGCAAUUGACCCAAAGUUCCAACAGUAAUGCAAGAUUUGAUGCUCAAAGAGAAGGUGAUGCGCAAAGCUAGCCUCAAAGAGAUCCGUAACCGCUCCGAAUCUGACAAUAGAAUAAUUGCUGCUUCUAACCUGGAAUACAAAAAUCGUGUGAGCAGUUAUGAGAGAAAUAAAACUAUCAAAGAUUAUAAAAUGGGCAGACAGAUCGGCAAGGGAGCUUAUGCUGUUGUCAGAAUGGCUGUCGAUAAAACAACCAAAAGACACCAUGCUAUGAAGAUCUACGAGAAAUAUAAGCUGACUGACCCUGCUCGGAGAAAGUCAGUGACUAGGGAAAUCGCUAUAAUGAAGAAAAUUAGCCAUCCGAAUAUCGUAAAAAUGAUCACAUCUUUUGAUAAUCCGCAUUCAAUCUACAUUAUCAUGGAGCAUAUAAAAGGAAAAUCACUGUAUCAGUACCUGAAGGAGAAGUCUGGCAAGAGACUUCCUGAGGAUGAAGCCAAGGAUGUUAUCCUCCAGAUAGCUACAGCCAUAGAAUAUGUUCACAGUAAUAACGUAGCCCAUAGAGACAUGAAGCUGGAAAAUUUGAUAAUUAAUUCAACUACAGGGAAGAUCACACUUAUCGACUUUGGAUUUAGCAUCACUUCUGGAUAUGAGAAGAAACUUAAGAUCUUCUGAGGUACUCCAAGCUAUAUGUCCCCCGAAAUAGUUGAGAAGAAGGAAUAUGCAGGCCCUCCAGUUGACAUGUGGGCCUUCGGAGUCCUCUGAUACGUCAUUUUAUGAGGGAAGUUUCCCUUCAGAGGAUAUAAUGAGAGAGACCUUUAUAAAUAAAAUUUCCUACGGAAGGUAUUACUGGCCUUCUGAGAUUCAAAUUUCACCUGAAGCUCAAGCUAUGGUGAAGGCUUGAUUAUGAGUAAACCCAAGAAAAAGAUCUACGAUAAAGCAAGUACUUGAAAGCAAAUGGUUGAAGAAUACCCACACAGGGUAGGCAAUAAAGUUGUUUCAAUUUUAAUGAAA